UGGAUCGUAAAUGUCAUAAAACUACAAACCUGUUGUUUGUAGGAUUUUAUUAUUGUUAUUAAGUCUUAAGAAAAUAAGUACAAUAAGAAGGUAAAAUACUACUACAUUCAGCUUUGAACUGGAAAGCUGAAAUUAUGAAAGCUCGUUACUUGUUAUAUUUUUCCUAUAUAGUUAAUAAAAUAUUCUAGAUCAUCUGAAAAACUAUGGAUGAAAAUGGGUCGUAACUACCCUGACCCAGAAAGUGUUCAAGGUAUUAUGGAAAUCGCGUUAUUAAAGUUUAAGUCUGAAAAUUACCCUGCAGUUAAUCUUUCAAGCCGUACAGAUGGUGGAGUUCAUGCCCUCAACACAUCUGCCCAUAUUGAUCUUGUUCUUAGAUCUGGUACUAAGCUGUAUCACCAAGACUCGAUUCCUUAUGAACUUAAUAAGUUUUUUCUUAAAAGGGAUAUAAGCAUAUUUGUAAAAAAAGCAAUAAGAGUAAAUGAUCACUUUAGUGCUAGAAGAAAUGCAAUCAGCAGGACAUACUUAUAUAGGUUUGCAGUUCUCCGAGAAGGUUUAUCAGAAAAAGAAAGUAUUGGUCAGUACAUACCAAUUGAAGAAUGGAAACGAUGUUUAUUUAUUAGGCCAAAACAAUUUGACAUAGAGAAAUUUAAAGAGGCUGCAAAAUAUUUUGAAGGGUACCAUGACUUUACAACAUUUAAGAAGUUUGACAAACUGAAACAGCACAAGCAUAAUAGAAGAUAUAUUUAUUCUAUUAAUGUGCGACCAGGACAACCAAUUGUAACAAGCUACACCAAUACCCAAACUCGUUAUUUUGACUAUUGGGAUGUUGAAAUAAAAGGACAUUCAUUUGUGCAUAACCAGAUACGGCGUAUGGUUGGAUCUCUUAUUACAGUGGCAAGUGGUAAAAUAGAACCAAAGGACAUAAAGUUAAUGCUUCAAAUACCCUCGAAACAUUCAUGGAUUAGUCAAAUUGCAUCUAUUCCAGCCAAUGGACUUUAUCUUUGCAAUGUUGAGUAUAAACCUGAGGAUUUAAUAUAUAAUGCUGUGAAUGACAAUAAAAUAGUAACUGAAAACUAAAGACACUUAAACUGUAAUUUGGAUAAAUAAUGCUAUCAUGGAUCUGAUUCCCGGUCAAUAAAACCCAAUAACCAAAAAUGAUGUAACAGAUGAGAUGUAUACUUAAAUUAAAAUCAAUAGGAAUUUCUUUCAAUAUUCUAUACUUGUCCUGCUUGGAACAUUAUUAGGUUCACAACAAGACAGAACUUUUUUAAUUCAUGAGGUGAUGUCGCAAUUAUACAAUUAGAUAGGACAGGUCAUAUUAAACUGUCAAAUAAUUUUGACGAUAUAUAAAAUGAGCUUUCUAAGCGAAUUAAAGAGACAAAAA